GCACACACACACACACACACACACACAACACCCACACCCCCGUCCUACAUCACACCGAACCUUGUGAAACCCGGUAACUCAAUUCGGUAGCAGACGACACCUCGACAGCCGCGAGUCUGGUCUUUGGGAAACCGCCUAGCACGCAGCGCCCAUUCCUCGCAUCCCACCACAUACACCCGCGGGCUAGAAAAAAAAGAAGCAAGGAAACCCAAGCAAGCGACCUACCGUUUUCUAGCCCGAGCCGCCCGCCGCCACACCCGAAUUCUUACUUGAUGCGUUCUUUUUUAACAUUCUUUUCGUAAUCACUUUUUUAUUUUCCGGCCACACUCCCCUUUGCAGCCGCAUCCUCGCCUCGUCUCGUAUCGCCCCGGCCGCCUCGCUUGGUCCACCGCUUGACAGCCCAAGUCUUUGCUGGCUGACUUCCCAGCGAGUCCCCCCGAAGCAAGGAGCUCCCUCCACCGCCGAAUCCCUCCCCGGGCGAACGCGCGGCGUUGGGUUGAUGGGUCUCAUCUGAUAUCGUGCAAAGAGGGGGAUCUUUUCUCGGCAGCUGUCAUUUUUCUCUGCCAGGGCCCUGCUGGGCGAGAAAUCUGAGACCCGAGGAGCUGGAGCGGGCCCCCGGGAGAGAGAAGGCCUGAAAGCGGCUUUGCGCCAAGGCAGAUCAUCCCGUCAAACGUCAAACGUCAAACUCUCACACCCACAGACUCGGACCAGAGUACAGGCGCAUCUGGCAAGCGCUCAUCAUCGCGGGGCUGCGCCGAGAUUCGAAGGCGUUCCCGAAGGUGUCGCUAAGGAUCACUAGUGCGCGUGCAAGCUGUCUAACCUUUGUACAGCUUUUCUGCCAUCUUUCGGACAUCACGAAGCAGCGCCGGCAAGAGCAAAGCAGCACCACCGGGCCUCUCGGACCGAAUCGGCGCGCACAACAGGGCUGAACAGGCUGAAGCAGGGCUCGAGGAUCACCGGAGACGCGAUUUGUGUUCGAGGAAGCAGUGCGGGGCUGAAGAAGCACUCUGUGACAAGGCGUGUCAUCACUUUGCAAACAGCCGACACCACCGCGGGCCGCAUCCCACAACCCGAACAACGCCACGCUCGACCCUGACAUUCGUGAAAGCGAUCUGCCCCCCCGACGACCAGUGGGUCCUCUGCCUGAGAGGAGGAGACGAGUGAGGACGCGGUUCCUGCAGCCUGUAAGCCUCGCACCACCACGGCGGGCUUAAGCAAGACUCCCGGGACUGCGUGCUUUGGUCGGAAGUGCCGGAUUUGCAGCAAAAAGGGUAAUCUCGUUUUUGCGGCAUCCCCACGCCCGUUCAGGCACGCCCUCCAACCUCUGGGCCGUUUUGCCACGCGCCCGCCUAAGCGCACGCUCUAGGGCUCAACUCUAAAUCCCAAGACCGCAACCGCCCGCUGUGAGCCUGACCCCUCCCCGCCCGUGUCUGUGUCUCCUCGGUCGAGUCUGGUACCGGGCCGUCUUACUGCCUACUGCAGCCAUAAACGGGCACUGCGCACACCCCCUCCUCGUACUCGUCCCAAGACCUGGCUGCGUGAGAGAGAGCAGCAGCUCGCACCACCACUGCACAAUUCCCAUCGUCAAGUCACAACCAGAAGCUCACCACUUGCUUCACGCCACCUCCUGGCCUUGAGCCGUCCACCCAUAAUACCCCCUCCUCCAUCCACUGUCCCUGGUCGACCCCCUACCAGUCGGAACCACACCCUGCCGUGGGCUGCCCCUGUCAACCGGCCCCGCCCUACCUUGGUCGAUACCUUGGUCGAGCUGGCGGACCUGGCCUUUGCUAGACCAGCCCACACCCCUCCUCGAGCCGUGGCCCUAUAACAAAGCACAUAAUAUAUCGGCCGACGCUCCCCCUGCCCCUCCGCUGACAGCUAGCCAACCAACCUCGCUCGGCUACCUGCCUACACCUACCUGGCUCUUCCUACCCACCCACCCCCAAUCCUGGUCCACCCGGAGCAUAUCAAGAUCUUGUGCCAUCGACAUCAGGCUAGCCCUCGGGUCGCCGCCAACCCCAGCUCGCAUCAUCCGUCUCUGACCUUGUCGCAUUCACCAUCUCUUCCGACCAGACCAAGAGGACGAGAGAAGGCACACACACGCAGGAAGCACCCCGCCCGGAGCACGCUCGCUCCUUCUGCAGAUCAGAUCGACUCGUCGCAUCAUCCUCCCGUCUGCGCGAAGGACCGUUGGUAGCGCUGCCGUCACCCGACCACAACGAGGAAGGCGCGUUGCUGAAAAAAAAACUUGGGACGACAGCCGCGCUUUCCGUUUUCCACCACGAGCUGCCAUCCCGAUCUGGAGGGGAGAGUCAAGGCCAAGGCCGCCCUUGAACCGCCUCGUCCGUCGUCCGAACAGCGAGGAUUGGCGCAGAUCCGAGAUCGCCUUCGCUUCCGGCCCGCUCGCGUGCGUUGGUUGUGUCCUGCGCAUGAUCUUGUCUCAUCAACCUGCACGGUCCGUUGCUAGAGAAGCUUUCUCGUCGAGUACGACUACAAGAACUGAGCCUCCAGCUCAUCACCGCUCAUACAGCCUCGAGAACAAGACACGAUCCAUCUCGGAUAACAUAUUCCACUACACCGCACCACCAGCCGGACAGUUGAUGAUGGUUGAGGACCGCUAGCAGCAGCCAUUCCAACAUUUAUUACCCACCCCACCUCCCUAACCUCGGCCGUUUCUAAGCCAAGACAUCUUUUGGUUGAAACGAGUCUAGCAUCCUGUUGACCUUUCCGAAAUCAGUUUCAGCAACCCACGGGUCGGCUGGAAACCCUUGCCACAACCACAGUUUCGACCCCCAGAAACCGCCUCUAUGACGCUAGAAGCAAAUUACCCCAUACCAACGAGCUACCCGGCGCAGCCCAGUUACUCGAUGCCGACCACAGAGGCCUUGUCGGGCAGGUCGCUCAUGAUGGGCACCGCCUUCGACCCUCAGUUGGCAGAAACGCCAGUCGAGGAGCCCGAAAAUGGUUACACUUUGCACAUACGACAGCACCCUAAGCACGCGCGGGUUGCCUUGGGCAAGGAGAAGGACCGGAAACCUAUCGAUCCUCCACCAAUCGUCCAGCUAAGAAGGUCGACGCGAAAAGAUCCCCAUCAACACUUCCUACAUAGCCCAUAUUAUUUCAUGACUUGCAGGUUAAUAGCCGCCGACGAUCAGAGCGAAGAGCCGUCGUCAAAGAGCCUCCUCGGAACGCUGGUCUCGUCUCUCCAUCGCCUGAGGGAUAGUGAUAAUCACGACGGCGGCUUCUUUGUGUUUGGAGAUCUGUCGGUUCGGGAAGAGGGCACCUUCAGGCUGAUGUUUUCGCUCUUCGACCUUAACCGCGCCGAGUACGAUAACGUUGCGACGGCGAUCACGGCCCCGUUUACCGUCCACCCCGCAAAGAGCUUCCCCGGCAUGACCGAGUCGACCUUUCUGACGCGUUCGUUCAGCGACCAGGGCGUGAGGUUACGCCUGCGCAAGGACUCGCGGACCAUGACGACGCGCAAGAGGAACCACCAGCACGCCGAGGUGGCGCGCAAACACUCGGACUGGGACAAGCAGCAGCACGACCCCUCCCGCCAGAACAGCAUCAUCGAGGGCCAGAUAACACCCACGGAGCGGACCAUGGGGUCGUUCCCCAGCGCGGGCGGCUACUACGAGCAGCAGAGCUCGCACCGGGGACACUACGACAACUACCCGCCGGAUCCGUCUUACUACGGGUCAGAGGGCACCGUGAAGCGCAUGCGCUACUCGAUGCCCAGCAACGACGUGUCGCAGUCUCCGACGUACCUCGGGACGCACGACAUGGGCCACGGCUUCGUGUCCGGGAGGAGUCCGUUCAGCAACGAGGCGAGCGGCGAGCCGCCGAGGAAGGUGAUGCGCCCCAGCCUCUCGGGCUCGGGCAGCGACGCCAACCCGUCGCCGACGUUCCUCAGCUCGCGCCACCCGGCCAUAACGGGCGGCGAGGUGACGCAGUCGCCGACGACGUACAUGACUCCACGCCAGACGGGCAUCCCCGGCAGCGAGGUGCCGCAGUCGGCGGGGUACCAGUCGACGGCGUACCUGUCGCCGCAGGACCUAGGCCACAGUUACGGGGCAGCAGCGGCGUCGCGUCCGGGUUUCUCGCCGGACGCGGGGGUCGCGCCCACGUCGCUCCCGCCGCCGUUGCCGACGACGACGACGACGACAGCCACGGCGACCGGAUCCGCCUCGGUCGCGCACGACCUCACGCCGACCUUCGCCUCGGCGCGCGCGCCGUAUCAGACGGAUCCCGUGUCCGUCUCGCUGCCACUGCCCAACACGACGACGGCGUCUACGAUGCCGCCGCUGACCAUGAGCCACGCAUAUCAGGCGCACCCUAGCUACCCUCCACAUCCACAUCGCAUAAACACUCAGCUCGGCAGCCAGGAAGUUAAGAGCUGGUGGUGAAUAUGUCACCUUGAUUCUUUUCCCCCAUCUUCUUUUCUUUUGUUUCUGUCUCUGGGCUGGCUUUCUCCCCUGUUUAUGGCGAGGAUAUACAUGCUUUAAAAUACCUAUUGAUACUUGAUGUCAUGAUACCUUUAUACAUCUAUUUUUUGCGAUUCCCCCAAUCCUUCGUUUCUCCCUUUCAGCAAUUUCCUUUUUCAAGGCUGGCUUUCGUCCUCCCCGCCCCAUCUUUUGUUUGGAUUCCCGCUCUACACCUGUUUAGCCUUGGGUGGUAUUACUACUUAAUACCUUUAGGUGUUGCCCGGCGUGACAGUUCGUUUCUUUUGUUCAGCUACCUGUUUCCGUUUCGUUACUUGUCAGCCCAAGAUCCCAACCUCCUAUCCCCGAGCCAGAUGUAACACGUCAUACAUACCAUACUCUACAUGCCCUCACAUACCCAAGCGAGUCAUUAUUUCCGUGGACAAAAACAAAAGAAAACGAAAACACUCUAUUCAAUGCAGCCCAAGGAGAGACGCUGCAAGUAGCUGGAUGGCUGGGAAAGCUCGUUGGCGGAAUGCGAAUUCGAGCGCGGCUGGGUGGUCUCGUCUGCUUUUUAUUUUGUUUGUUACGCGUUAUACCCCCCCCUCAAAGAGCCCAAGACCUCACCCGCGGCUUUCGCCUAGCUGGUCGGCUAGGAGAUAGCACGUCGGGUUUCUAGGUCCCUAUGUAGUCAGCGAAUGCAUUUGAUGACAUUUGAUUUUGCGCUUCCGCCUUGACACUGACUGGGGGGCUCUGGACGAAACAAGUCGAUCGCAUUGUCGCAUCUCGAUUGAAGCUUUGCCCACCCUGAAUCCGCGCCUUCCCCAAACAACACAACCAAUGACGUAUCCUCUUGGCGUCGCAGCAAUCCCCAACCCCGACCGUCUUGGCAAGCCGCAUUGACGACAAGACUGGCUGGGUGACAGCGACUUGCUACUGCCAGCAGCAACGGGAAUCUGUGUCCCCGCUCCAGCUAGUUCGAGGUGGCGCAAAGAGACGGCCGUGACAGGUGAGACGGCUCGACCAAGUUGGAACUUGUUGUUCCACCGCCCUCUUUUUUUAAUGCGAUCCUCCCCGUCUCCGCCUCCCUCCUCACCUAACUUGACUCGAUAGUCCCAAGCCCGGUAGUUGGGAUUCAUGUUUCCCCUCACCUCCUCCGAACCCAACGCCCUGCAAGGAUCGAGGUCUUGACCUCCGAACGGGGAAACAAUCUCGCACCAGAUCCCUACGCCGCCCAGUGCCGGCCCAUCUUGAUCCCCCUAACACCUGCAGCCCGGGCGUCCAGGAGAGCCAGAGCCCACAUAUAGAGACGGCACCGCCUGCCCAUCCCGUCUGACCUGCACCUUGCU